CUAUGCCGCCGCUGUUCGAAGCCAAAUUUUGCCCGCGAAAAAAAUGGCUGAAGUCACGUUGUAUAGUUUUCCACAUGUAUUGUAUUAAUUUUGAAGCAAGGCUAGAGCGUUUUGAGAAGAAAUGACUACGGUUGUUUUGAAAAACAUGAAGAGUAAAGUAAUAUCGUAUCUCAAUGCUUUGUCGUCACGAAAUAUCCUCUUUGGUGGUGGAUUUUUGUCCGUUGCUGGAAUAUCAGUAUGUGGCCUAGGCAUCGCAUGGAGUUUCCUGUUGGCUGCAACAAUCGUAGCAGUAUAUUUUGUUAGGGACAAGCUGGAUAAUGGAGACUAUGAGAAGGGAGAAUCUUUUGAAAAUGUCUAUUCUGUUAAUAAAAGUGAAUCGAAACGAAAACGAAUGUUUGCUAAAAGAAAAGAAAAAUAUGAAAGGAAGUUGAAACAGGAGAACGAUGCUGAAGACGAUUUAAGUCGAUGUCAGUUACCAGGCGGAUUUUUAAGUGAAGAAAAUUUGGAUGGUACCAGUUAUGAGCUAUUUGGAGAGUUUGAUAGCGUAUUCGGCUAUUCUGACUCGAAUUCGGGAAGAAAGAUGACACCAAGCAUACCUAGUUUGAGGUCGCCACAACCAUUGCUAUCUGCUUUUAACAGAAGAGUUUCCAAAAGGGACAGCUUUAAUGAUGCACCUCUCAACCAGAGCCACCUGUUAUCCCCAAGGUCUGUUUUUGGCAAUCUGCAAAACAGAAGAAUUCAAAGCCCAGUAAACAGAACCUUCACUGUCAAGGAUGCAAAGCUUUUUCUAAACAAUAGUCAAAAUGCACACAAAGCUAUGUCACCACCAAGUGGAUUAUAUUUCAGCAGAAUCCGACAGGAUUUUGAACAUAGUAGCAUCCUGAGCCCUCAGGGGUUUGAAACCCCUAAAAAAGAACUUUCAAGACAGGAAAGCUCAUAUUCAAGUAUAGAAAGCCAAGGAGAAUCAUUAAGUAAAGAAGCGGUUGUCAAAGCAUUACAGCAAAAAGUUGCAAGUAAGAGAAAGAGAACACCACAUGGAAAUGUAGAAUUCAAAACAGAUGAAACAGAACAAGGAGUCAAAAAGAGGCGAAUUCAGAGUGAGAUUCUUGAGACAACAGUUGAUCAGUUUAACAAUGAAAAGAUUUUGAGUAAAGAAACAAAAGGGACGUCUUUUCAGCAAAGUUCACUGUCAAAACAUCGAUAUGGAAAGGAUGAAAUGAAAAAAGAUGACGAUACAGCUGAUGAAGAUGUUGUGAAAACUCCUGUAAAGAAAAACAAAUAUGGAAUUGAUGAAAAUGAAGUUGAUUCAAUAUCUGAAGAAGAAAAUAUGGAAGUUGAUAAAAAACAAUCCAAAAGAAAAGCUCCAGAAGAUAGUGAUAUUCUGACAAAGGAAAAGAAAAAUCGAGAAGAUGCUAGAAAAAUUACAAAAAAAUCAGACACCAAACAGACGCCAAAGUCAAAGAAAACUCCAGGGAAAAAGAAAACACCUUUGCGAUCUGUGGAAACACAAACUCCAACCAAAAUUGAUGACGAGAACGAAAAGGAAACCCAGAAGAAUUACAUUGAAAGUCCAAAAUCACCAUUUUCUAAGACGACAUCUUUCCAAAGGGUACUAACAUCUGGUUUUCCAUCCAACCUUAAAAGCCGGACACCGGAAAAGAGACAAAGGAUUCCCAUCUAUACCGGCUCGCUCGCUGAUAUUGAAAACAUUGAGAUGGGACGAGAAGAAUACGGAGAGCGCGGAGUGACAUGCGAAGCUUACAAAGCAGAUAAGAAAGCCGCAUUAGAGAGGACAAUUGCUUUUAUCAAUGGUGAAGACGACGAAGAGAUUGAUCGUACGAGCGCAGUUUCUACCGCUGCUGCGUCGACAGUGGAUGCAAGCCAGACAACAACGUCGCUUCUUACUGCAACUCAAAGUUCGUUUGAAAAGACAACAGCUACUGUCACGCCAGAGCUAAACAGCAAUACACCUGUAACUAAAUUGAUCUCUACAUCGCUAUCGUCCUUGACACCUUCAACGACCUCUAGUAUUCAGUUUGGUCUUCAACCCACAUCAUUUGCUUCAGGAGGAGCCUCGCAGAAGGCAUCGGAAUCAGAAACAUCAAAGGAACCAAUUACGUCUAAGGAGAUUAAUGAGGUUAAGCAGCCUUCGGGGUUGAUAACGAGCCUUACCGCUGGUUUAUCAAAUACAACAAAUACACCGCCUUUUGGCUCAUUCAGUUUUUCAGGUGCAAAGACACCUCUGGAUUCUCAGUCUAAAAACACAGAAUCAACCGCCCAAGUAUCUUCUCAAGGCCAAACUUUGUCGACAACUGGGUUUACCUUUGGGGCAGCUGCACUACCCACGGCACCCAUAGCUGCUGGUGGACUCUCUUUUGGAACGCCAACUUCAAACACCUCCUCGUCUUCAGUGGCCACUAGCUUUACAUUUGGACAAAAAUUAGACACUGCACCAAAACCAUCAUCAGUGGCAUUAUCAACACCGGCAAAUAAUAUAUCUAGUGCCUCACUGCCUUCUGUAGCGAAAUCUCAAGCAAAUGCUACAGUUUUUGGAGGACUUACAUUUGGUUCAAUAGAGACAAAGCAGGGUACUCCAACCGCUAGUUUUGGAGGGACACAAAUAACUGGGGGCUCACUAGCAACUGGAAACUCACAAGCAUCUGCUUCUGUUUCAUUACCAACAACAUCUGACACACUACCUAAACCCUUUACUGGCUUUUCUUUUGGCUCGGGGUCUUCUGAUUCAAAAACAAGUUCUAUAACCUUUGGUACACCCACAGCUCCUGCAUCUUCUAAUACUGCAGCUGCGGCUACAUCUUCCUCUACCUUUUCUGGUUUCGGUUUUGGCUCAUCUGCAGCAUCCUCGUCCCAGACAGCCAGCACAUCUUCUGCCUCCCUUGGCGGAUUUAGCUUUGGUUCUUCAAAACCGUCUUUACCAACAUCUUCUACAACCCAACCAGCCGGAUUUGGUGGAUUCAAAUUUGAUAACAGCAAGCAAGGAGAAGCAGGCAUCGGUGGAUUUUCCUUUGGAAAAAGCGUCUCAUCUGACACAGGAAAGACUUCUGCAAAUAUUCCCAUGUUUGGAACAGAUGUUCCAGCGUCAACUACAGCAGGGACCUUAUUUCAGACAGCCCUUUCCAAGAAUGGUAAUCUUUUUGGUGCACAAGCAUCUACAUCUGGAACUACUAAUAUUUUUGGUGCUGCAGUUAAUCCACUCCAAACUACCCAAAAUGUCUUUGGCAGUGCAACCCAAAGUGCAACACAACAGCCGUCCGUUUUCGGUGCCCAAGCUGCUAAUCAGACCCCGUCCCUUUUUGGCUCUCAAACACAGCCUGCAACUGCUGCUCCUGCACUUUUUGCGUCAAUAACAAAACCAACAAGUGCCAGUAAUUCUGUUUUCGGAGCAAGCGCUCCUACUUUGAGUACCACUGGCACUUUAUUUGACCAAAAUAGCCAACCAGGAGGACAGAUGUUUGGCUCUACGCCAGCAGUGACAACCUCUUCAUCGUCGAUGUUUGGAACUCCCAUUUCAUCUACAGGCUUUUCUUUCGGCAGUGGAAGUAAACCGGUUUUUGGCAGUGGAAACCCUGCUCAAGCCUCUGCAACAACUGGCGGGUUUUCUUUUGGAGCUAAUGCAACUCCCAGUGCUGGAUCAGGAUCUAUCUUUGGACAGUCAAAUGCGACACAAAAUCCCUUUGGGAGCGGCUCUGUUGGGAGCGGCUCUGUUGGGAGCAGCUCUGUUGGGAGCAGCUCUAUUUUCGGGCAAUCUAAACCAACCGACCCUGUAACCACUGCAGGUGGCUUCUCAUUUGGCUCUACAACCCAAAAUGCCUUUGGACAGCCUUCAAGUAACCCAACGAAUUUUGGAGCUGGCUCUGCUUUUGGUGCAAAUAAUGCCCCGAGUCAGAUGGGUGGCUUUGAUUUCAGUGCUGCCGUCAGUGCUUCCAAACCAGCAGCGUUUUCGUUUGGAGGUGGUGCCGGAGGAGCUAACAGUGGUUUUACUAGUCGACCUGGUACCCCUACUCAAUUCGGCAGUGCCCCGCCCGCUGCUGGUGAUAUCAUGAACACCCCGCAACUCCAAGCAGGAGCAUUUGCGAUUGGAUCUGGAUCAACCCGACCAACUGUUAAAGGAAGGCGCAGGAUGCGAAGAUAGCUGCUGGACUUUGGUUCAUUUUUGGCACUUCAACAGACAAUGCACCUAUAAAUUCCUAACUGCUAAGGGACUUGAUUGUCUGUUAUUGUUUCCAGAAGUGGAAAUUCAAUUUUCAGGUGGGGGAGUCAAAACCUCCAACAACAAGCAACUUGCCUACCAAUGAUAAAAUUUAGUGACAAAAGCGCUUAUAUUUUGUUUAACCGACAAUUCAGAAAAACUAGCCCACAAUUUCCAUCCCUGAUUGUUUGGAAAUUCAAGGUUUGAAAUUUUAAUGUGUUUGUUUUGGGAGGGGACAGAUCAGGAUGCAUCUAACUACCUUCAAUGGUAUUAAAACGGAUGUACUUUAUUCGCGUCCACCCUGUAACCGUCUUCCCUUGCUAACACACUGUAUGCGAAGCCUGGUGUUUUCAGAUAUUUUUCCUUCAACCCCAAAUUGUUUCUUCGCGCAGUGACAGGCAUACUUAGAGUCAGAAGUGUAGAGCAUUGAAAAAACAACGGGGGUACUCGCUUGUAUUUCCUAAAAGUGAUUAACAGGAAGAAAAAUACUUAUUUUUGGGUGCUCAGCCCCCACGAGCCCCCGGCUGCUAUACAAAUCGUCAAGGCUCUGAUGUUUUUUACCAUUGUAGGAGGGGGUAGAGGUUUUUGAACUGAGUCAUUUAGGGGGUAAGAGCGAUGGCUGCACUAAAGCAAGGUGAUUAGCUAGCUCCGACCAACACCAAAUUUGAUUUAGAUCAGUGCCAAUUUCUGGCAGGCAAAUAGUCUUCAGUAAAAUUUCCAAUGUAAGAAAAAUUUCAUCUUUACUUAAAGUAUUCAGUGCCGUAACGUGUACAUUGAUUUUAGUUAUCAUUGCAAUUGAAAAGAGCGAAGAUUGAAUUUGGUAA